GUGGAAUCUCGAUCUUGGCAAGCAGAAGAAUCUUGAUUCCUUUCUUCACAGCAGAGCGCGUACUUUUGUCCUUCUCGCCUACCACCAUGGCCAGCUUCAAGGAUCUCUCCUCCGACGCCGGGUUGAAGGAGCUGGACACGUACCUUGCUCCCAAGAGCUACAUCACUGGGUAUCAGGCAUCUCGCGAUGACCUGGCCGUGUAUGCUGCCCUCUCCGCCGCUCCCGAUGCAUCGAAGUAUGUCAACGCCGCUCGGUGGUACUCCCACAUCACUGCCCUGCUGGGCCACAACUUCACCGGUGCUGCCACUGGUGUGAGCAUUGGUGGAUCUAGCGCGGCCCCGGCCGCAAAGGCCUCGGCCCCCGCCGCCUCUGCUCCCGCCCCCAAGACCCCUGCUCCUGCUGCCCCCAAGGCAGCCGCCCCUGCUGCUGACGAUGAUGAUGAUGAUGACGAUGACGAUGUCGACCUCUUCGGUGAGGAGACGGAGGAGGAGAAGAAGGCCAAGGCUGACCGGGAAGCGGCAGCCAAGGCAUCCGGCAAGAAGAAGGUCAUCGGCAAGUCGUCUAUUUUGCUGGACGUCAAGCCGUGGGACGAUGAGACCGACAUGAAGAAGCUGGAGGCCGCAGUCCGGGCGGUGAAGAAGGACGGCCUCGUCUGGGGAGGAUCCAAGCUGCUCCCCGUUGGCUACGGCAUCAACAAGCUGAACAUUCUGAUGACGAUCGAGGACGAGAAGGUGUCCAUCGACGAGCUCAUCGAGGAUGACCUGUGCGGCGGAGAGGAGACCAAGGAGUACGUCCAGUCCUGCGACAUCGUCGCCUUCAACAAGAUCUCUUGGAACUGGGCAGCCAUGAAGAAAGCGUCAAAUACGUUGCAUGACUUCCUGAGCAAGCCCCAAGCAGGGCUGCAAACUGGUGGGAAGGGGGCAGGUGCUGGUAAAGACCGAGCACCCACUUACUUGGGCAAGGUCAAUCUGAGCUGCCUAAGUGCAUCCGGGAAGAAGCCUGCAGCUCUUACAACCCUCUGUCCAACAAGGAAGCCUGACAUCCCGCGCAGUGAGUCAGAGUUGGAGAAGCUGUUCCAUGAAGCUCGCGACCAGCCCAACGCUCGCAAGACAGGUUCAAAUGAGCUUAGGCAUUUGCUGGCAACCUUUGUUACAUGGGAAGAAGCCCUGCGCAAGGUAAAGGAGGAGCUGAAGCGCCGUACGGCUGAAGAGAAGAAGUGGAAGGCGGGUGCGCUGGAGCUGACCCCUGGGCUGUGGUGGAGCAUGGCUGCCAACCGCAGAGCUGUAUCAACGUGGGAAGCAGAACUCACCAACCGGAAGGAUCAGUACCAGAGGUAUCUCCAGGAGUUGUACGACUCUGUCCUGGAGGAGCUUAACGCGGGAGCUGACAUGAUCAAGUACAAGUGCACUUUGUCAGCUCGGAGUAUUCCGGCCUUUGUCAAGCAGAAGAGUCUGAUUGACAAACAGCUGGACGAUCUCCAGUCCUGGAUCCGUCAGAUGCAGCGCGACGAGAGCCGGUACUUGAAGGACAAGAUGGCAAAGCGGAAGCUUGAUGGGGUUUCGGUGGAGGGGGCUGUAGACGCUCCUGAUCAGAAGAGGCUGCGAGCGCUUGAGAACUUCAAGGGGAAGUCGAGCAAGGGUCAGCUUGACAUGGGCAAGGGCGAGAUUCUGAUCCUCCUUCCUGAGCAGGAUGAAGCGGUUGUCGCAAAGGGGUGGUAUCGGGUGCAAAACGAGGAGGGUGCAGAGGGGCUUGCGCCGGUGGCCUGGUUGAAGGAGAGGAGUCCUUCCCCGCCUCGACGAGCCGCCAGCCCUGAGGCUGGUGACAGAGAAGGGAGUGUCAGUACGGCGCCUGCGCUGGCCCCCGGGAGCAGCCCCCCCCGCACGCAGGUUGGUCCUACAGAGGUACUCACUCCCACGUCCCGUCCAGUUUCACAGACCCCGUCAGGAGGGGUGGCUGAAGCCGCUGCCGGGGGAGGAGGCGGCUUGGGGAACGGGGAGGGUGGCGGCUUGGUUUUGAGAGAAGGGGGCGCAUGUGGGGGCGCCAAUCUGAGCGGAAGAGGCAGUGACUGCGCAGAAGCCAGCGCAGAUGCUGAAGACUCCGCUGCAGAGAGUGAGGGCGAGGAGAGGACGGCGAAAGAGUCGGAUGGUUCUUGGCUGGGGGUGCGGAUUGUCCAAUUGAGCAAAGGUUUGUUUGCGUCCUCAGCUCCUAUGGAGUGGGCGCAAGCAAAAGUCCUGCUUCGCAAGGCAAUCAGUGAUCCCAAGUUCAAGAGGCAAAGCUGGUGGAAGAGUUGUCGGCUGGUUAACAUGAAAGGGGCGCUGGCAGCGAUGGAGAGGGUUGAUGGGUCAGAUUCGGCAACGUUGGAGCUUUGGGAAGCAUGGCAUUGCUUGCAGUCGGUGGAGGGGUCAAACAGAAGCGACUUUCAGAAAAAUGCCCGAGCAAAUUGCUGGAGAGCCUUGCUUUCCGUCGCCCCCUUCGUCGCCAUUGUCAUCGCUAGCAGUGACGACACCAGCUCGCAUAGGACAAUUCUCUUGCCUCGCAGCGGCGAGGUGGAGGUUUUUAGGGAGUUGCAGCAACAUUUCAGGACUUCAGUAGAGCUUGAUACCGCAGGAAGGUUGGCUAAGAUUGCGGGUCUGCCGUUGAAAGAUCUCCAACUCUUAGCAGGGUCAACGCAAGCCUCGAAAGUUUUGGACUACGCUCUAGGAUUGGUUGUAGGAAAGAAGCAAUUAGCCAGGCAGGUUGAUGGGGUCAGUCUUCGUACGCUGCGUUCGCACACCAGGCAGACAGAGAGCGCUCUCGAUGCCAUGCCCAGCAUCCUCAAAGAGGUAGUUGACGAGGUCAGCGGCGAGCGAGAGAGAUUCAUGGAGGUAGCGGAAAAAGCUGCUGCACGCGCACUAGACGCGCAGGAUCAGGGAAGGGGUGUUCCUGCUGAACUUCUUGAAACAGCGGCGUUCGUAGCACAGCGGAAAGGGGAGAUCAGAGAAGUUGGAAGCAAGGCAUGGAGGGCGCUGGUGAGGAGGCGAUUCAAGAAGCGUUUGGAGAACACCCCAGAGCUGAGGCAUGUGGCACGGGGCCACCAGGUGUUUGACUGGCCCCCCUUGUUGACUGGCUCCAAAGUUUGCUCGGCACCUAGAGGAAAUGAACUUGGUGUUUUCGGUCAACUCUUCUUGUAA